GGGUCUCUAUUAAUCCAACUAUUUCUCUCUCUCUCUCUCUUUCUCUCGUUGGAUCUGAACUCUGCAGAGCUACAGAUCGAUCAAAAAUGUCGUCAACCUUCAGCGGCGAUGAAACGGCACCCUUUUUCGGCUUUCUCGGCGCCGCUGCCGCCCUCGUCUUCUCCUGUAUGGGAGCGGCGUACGGCACGGCGAAGAGCGGCGUCGGUGUGGCGUCGAUGGGUGUGAUGAGACCGGAGCUCGUGAUGAAGUCUAUUGUUCCUGUGGUCAUGGCUGGUGUCUUGGGUAUUUAUGGCUUGAUUAUUGCUGUGAUUAUCAGUACCGGGGUAUUUAUGAUUAUUGCUGUGAUUAUCAGUACCGGUAUUAACCCUAAGGCCAAGUCUUAUUACUUGUUUGACGGUUAUGCUCACCUUUCUUCUGGACUCGCUUGUGGUCUCGCUGGUCUUGCUGCUGGUAUGGCUAUCGGUAUCGUCGGAGAUGCUGGUGUUAGGGCCAAUGCACAACAACCAAAGCUCUUUGUUGGAAUGAUCCUUAUCCUUAUCUUUGCUGAAGCCUUGGCACUUUAUGGCCUCAUUGUUGGUAUCAUCCUUUCAUCUCGUGCUGGUCAGUCUAGAGCUGACUAGAGGAGUACGUCAAACUCGACGAUUUAUGGAGUUUCUUCCUGUCAAGAACCAUAAUUAUUGUUCUCCUGGUUAGCAUGGUAGCUUGGCCAUGGCAUUGUUUCUAGGUUCAAGCUUUGAUAUGUGUGUGGGAAAUGAGUGGCCAGAAAAAUUGAGCGGUUGAUGUGUAUGGCGGUAGAUUGUAGAUGACAAGUUCGGUUUUCCCUUUUCCCUGAAUAAAGUUUCUUAUAUUUUUAUGGUGCUGUGUAUCUUGCAAGAAACCAAUUUGAUUUGUGUAAAACAAUUGUUGUAUUAUUUUUCCAAGGAUCGGUCUACUUUUAAGUUUCAUA